AUGGGCAAAGUACACGGUCUCCCCGACUCGGUUGACGAGGCAAACGACGUCUUUCCCCCUCCCCCUCGUCUCCAGGGCGAUGGUGAAUACCCAAAGCCCCACAUUGGCCCCGACUACAAGGCCUACCUCAGCGAGUACGAGAAGACGGUCGGUCCGGACAGCGACAAGUGGUGGAAGGAGACGGCGGAGAAGGAGCUGAGCUGGUUUACGCCAUUCAAGACGGUGCGAGCGGGUGGCUUUGAGGCGGGAGAUGUACAGUGGUUCCCGGAAGGAACGCUCAAUGCCGCCUACAAUUGUCUCGACAGGCACUUUUACAAGGACCCCAAAGGCACUGCCAUCAUCUACGAGGCGGACGAGCCUUCCGAGGGGCGCGAGAUUAGCUGGGAGGAGCUCAUGCAGGAGACAUGCCGAGUCGCCAACGUGCUCAAGGAGUGGGGCGUCAAGAAGGGCGACACUGUCAGCAUUUACCUUCCCAUGACCUGGCAAGCAGCGGCUGCAUUCUUGGCCUGCGCGCGUAUCGGAGCGGUCCACUCGGCCGUCUUUGCUGGAUUCAGUGCGGAGAGUCUUCGCGACCGAGUGAAUGACUGUGACUGCCGAGUUUUGAUCACCACCGAUGAGGGAAGGCGAGGCGGCAAGUCCAUCGCCACCAAAGCCAUCGUCGACAAUGCGCUCGAAAGCUGCCCCCUCGUCGAGCACGUCCUUGUGCUCCGCCGCACUGGCGGCAAGGUCAACAUGAAGGAGGGCAGGGACGCGUGGUGGCACGACGAGUGCGACAAGGUCCAGCCAUUCUGCCCAUGCGAGCCUAUGAACUCGGAAGACCCCCUCUUUAUCCUCUACACCUCUGGCUCUACCGGCAAACCCAAGGGUGUUGUCCACUCUACCGGCGGCUACAUCCUCCAAGCCCUCCUCUCUGUCAAGUACGUCUUUGACGUUCACCCCGGAGACCGCUUCGCCUGCAUGGCUGAUGUGGGAUGGAUCACCGGUCACACCUACAUUGUAUACGGUCCCCUCGCCAACGGUGUCGCUACGACCGUGUUCGAAUCUACCCCCGUCUACCCUACCCCAUCGCGCUACUGGGAGUUCGUCGACAAGUGGAAGGCUACCCAGCUGUACACUGCGCCCACUGCCAUCCGUCUUCUCCGGCGUCUCGGCGAGGAGCACGUCAAGAAGCACGACCUCUCCUCCCUCCGCGUCCUCGGUACGGUCGGUGAACCCAUCAACCCGGAAGCAUGGCACUGGUACAACGACAUUGCCGGGAAAAACAAGUGCGCUAUUGUCGACACGUACUGGAUGACCGAGACCGGCUCGCACGCGGUCGCUCCUCUUCCCGGAGCCAUCAGCACCAAGCCCGGAUCCGCCACCUUCCCAUGCUUUGGGUACGACCUGGAAAUCAUCGACCCCCAAUCCGGUGAGGUGCUCAAGGGGAAUGAUGUCGAGGGUGUAUUGGUCGCUCGGGACCACUGGCCGAGUUUGGCUCGUACAGUCUACAAGGACCACAAGCGGUAUCUCGAGACGUACAUGAAGCCCUACCCUGGGUACUUCUUCUUUGGAGACGGUGCGGCGAGGGAUUCCGACGGGUACAUCUGGAUCAAGGGACGUGUGGACGAUGUGAUCAACGUUUCCGGUCAUCGUCUAUCCACAGCCGAGGUCGAGUCCGCUCUGAUCCUUCACAAGGGUGUCGCCGAGACCGCCGUCGUCGGAUCACACGAUGACAUCACUGGUCAGGCCGUCUACGCCUUUGUCUGCAUGAAGCCCGAAUUCGACCAGGACAAUAUCGACCCCGCGGCGCUCAACAAGGAGAUGGCGAUUCAGGUCAGGAAGAGUAUUGGGCCAUUUGCCGCGCCAAAGAAGAUUUACCUCGUCAACGACCUGCCCAAGACUCGGUCCGGAAAGAUCGUCCGCCGAGUAUUGAGGAAGAUUGUGGCGGGAGAGGCGGACCAGCUGGGAGACUUGUCAUCAGUGGCUGAGCCAAGCGUGAUUGACGACAUUAUCGCCAAGGUCAAGGCGUCAAAGUAG